UGCUAAGUUACAUGACCUAACCAAGGUGUGUUUGGUAAAGAGAUCAUUGGUUUGCUUGACAUAACCACAAUUUUCCUAAGAUGAACAGUUGUCCAAGAUGUCUACAACAACAGGACGAGUUCUCUCCGGUCUGAUAAGAGCUGCUGUUUCCAAUCGAGGGAUUUUUACUCCGAUCUCUUCAAUUGUGAGCAGACCGAGCAGUGUGCGCACCCUAUCCCUCAGCUUACAGAAGGCGGCCCGGCUCAGUGAUGAAGAAAACCAGGUGAAAGAUGAGCCCAUCAAGUUCUCCACCAGUAAAGCCAGUCACAGGACCUGGAAAGUGGAACAGUCCAUGGGAAGCAAGUUCCAGCGUCCCUGGUGGAAGGUGUUACCUGUCAGCCUGGUAGCCACGGCCUUCCUCCUGUGGUGUGUGUUUAGAGACGAGUCAGAAAUUGAUGCCACACUGAAGAAGAGUCUGUAUGAACAGCUCCCCGACCUUCUUUCAGAAGAAGAGGAAGAGGAGAAAGAUUCAGGCUGAUGAAUAUGGGACUUAAAUGUAAAUAUUUCAGCUUCUAUUUAUUGUGAGAUGUGUCUGUAGUAUUACAUGCUGUAGCACAAGCUUAUUCUGAUCUGAAGCCGUCCUGUGCUACAUGAACUUUUUUUUCAGCAACAAAUGAAUUGUUGAUCAUUUUUUUAGAUCAAAUGAUGCCUUUUCUGAAGUUUCAGUUGACUGAUGAGAACAUGUGGAUUAAAAUGCCUUGAUUUAAGCCA